UCACCAGCCUCCGGCCAGUUUUCAUUCCAACGCCUCACGCGGCGAACGUCAAGAUGUUCUUCGAAAGUUUCGUACUAAACAUAACCGUGAUACUCGUUUUGAUCGUCGCUCUCACUUUCGACUAUGUCACCAAGUUCUUCAGCUACUGGUACAUACGCCACAUCCCUAACAAAACACCUAUUCCUUUCUUCGGAACCGACUACUUCAGAAUUUUCGGCAUCAGAAGCAAUACAGAUCAAGUGAACGCGCUCUACUCACAGUACCCCAAAGAAAAGUUCGUCGGAAGCAUCAAAAGUCGGAUCCCGGAUUUGAUAGUGAAAGAUCCGGACGCUGUAAAGACGAUACUGUCUACAGACUUCGCGGAUUUCCAUUGCAGAGGGCUCGCCUUGGACAAAUCUCAGGAUGUUUGUUUACGAAACAAUUUGUUUUACGCCGAAGGAGAAAAGUGGACUCUACUCCGAGAGGGAUUGAAAUCAGUUUUGAGCAACCUAAAGUGCGACUCCGAAGCCAGCCUGCAUGACUGUUUGUCAGGAACAAAUGGAGAUACAAAUGUUCAACAGUUAUUGUCUAAGGUAUUGGAUGGAAUUUUCAAGGACUUGUUAUUAGACGAAAGUUCGGACGGGCGAGUUAUAUCCGACAUGAGGUCGACGGUUCAGAAACGCACUUUUGUUGACAGGUUCAAAACUUAUUUAAAACAUAUUUUUCCUUCUUUGUACGUGAUGUUUGGUUUAGUAACGAUGCCGGACAAGCUGUCGUCAAAAACGAAAAAUGAAUUGGAGAAAUCUAAGUUGGCUGAAAUCAUAAAGGAAGGAUCGGUUUUCCAAUUGGGAUUGAAGGAAAAGAAUAGAUCGUUAAGUGACGUUGAUUUUGCGUUCGCAGUGCUAUCAACAUUUAUAACAGAAGGCUACGUCCCUUGUCAUAACUUGCUGACAGCAAUUUUGUAUGACUUGGCGAAGAAUCAGCAGGUUCAGAAGAAAGUUCGAGAAUCCAAUGAAGAAUACCUAGAUGCUGUCAUCAAAGAAUCAUUGAGACUUCAUCCUCCUUACUCCGUUGUUUCUCGUCAGUGUAUGAAGAUGUAUCAAUACCCAGAGAGUGAUUUGGUUAUUGAUAAGAAGAUCACCAUCAAUGUACCGGUAGAAGCAAUGCACAGAGAUGAAAAAUAUUAUAAAGACCCAAAGAGUUAUGCCCCAGAAAGAUUUUUGGCUGAAACGUCUCCAACACACAGCUUUGCCUAUUUGCCUUUUGGGGCUGGCCCAAGAAAAUGUUUAGGUGAACAACUAUCAAUGCAAAUCUCCCGUACGGUGACCAGAGCAAUCCUGAAGAGGUACCAGCUCGAGGUCUGUGAUCGAACACCGAAGGAGCUGACCCUGGCUGACCACGGCUUUGGAAGAGCCGUAAAUAGAGAUAUAUGGCUAAGAUUCAAGCCUAUUAGUUAUUAAGUUUCUGUAUUGUUAGGUUUAAACGGUGAUAGUAGAUACUUUGCAACGUUAAAGUUGUUUUUGACAUACCUAAGUGAGGGUUUUUUUUUUAAUAAUAGUAAUUUAACUAUUUAUUUAUUGUGUAUUUUAAGCUGCAGGGUUUUAAAGAUACAAAUUAGAAUUAGAAAAAAUGUAUUAACAACAAUCCCAAUUUAUUUAAAGUCUUAAUUAAUACAUGAGUAGGUACAGCUAAUGAUAAAGAUUUAGACUAGAAAGGGAUUGUAGGACAUAAUAUUACCUAAAAGUAAAAAAAAAACUGCUCUCAUAAUAGCACUCUCUUUUUGAUAAAUUAUGAGAUUAAUUUAAGUAACGUUUUUUUGCAUUUUAGAUAAAUCUCCAAGUAGACCUACUCUUAACAACGUCUAAUCAUCAUCUUAACUACAAAAAUCCCGUUCGUGACAGUAACUGCUAAUCAAAAUUAAUUACCCGCUGUUUUCCAAAUAAGUAGGUAUGCUCUACUUCGUACAGACGACAGCACGUCAAGAUAUUACACCUUAUGUACUUGUAACAAGUUCUAUUUUUGAACAAGAUAGUAUAAAUGUGUCUGACUGUACGAGUACUUAACCAAGCCAUAUUGCUCUCAAGUAUAGUACAUUGUAUAAUUAUAUAAGUGAGUAAUUGCUCGUAUUUUGACUAUAAAAUAGGAUUUUAAAUCUAAAUAUUGGGUGUACUUUAUCAUUAAAAGUU